CAAAGUUUCUGUGAUGUAACUAAACGUUAUCAAACUGUUUAUACCUAAACUAAGCCACUACACUCCUGUUGUCCUAGUGUUUACGUUUCGUUUCUGAUUCUGUGUGCAGUGAGGACGGUGAUUUGAAUUUCGAAUUGUGAUGAGUUGACCUAAGUGCAAUAUCUAAUAAAUAAACCCAAAAGUGCAAAACACAGUGCAAUAAUGCCGCGGUGAUGCGUGCGAACAAGUUCAAAAAAGUGAAAUUCAAGUGCCCAAAGUGAAAUUGAAGUGCCCAAAGUGAAAAUGCUACGCCACGACGCAAAUAUGGACUCGAAUUUCCUCACAGCCGACCCUCCACCUUUAACCGACAUGGACUAUCAACCUAAAACGGACUUAGCUACAGAAUAUUUCAACACAUUCAAUCAAAUCUGCGAAAACUACAGACCGGAAUCUGAUGUGAAUUUGCGACAAACUUCGGACUCCUUAAGACUGUCGUCAGAGAUUUUGGAUGGGGUUCGAUCAGAGUUUAUAACGACAGAUUUCACUGACAAAGUGAGUGAUGUGGAGAAGUUUUUGAGCGGGAAGGAGCAGAUAUUUCAGUUCGGGCAGCCUGAUGCCUCGGCGCUGUUGAGGCAUAGGGCCAGGCGGCGGUUUAACGAGGAGCAUGGGCUGCCUCAGGCGGCCACCAGUCAAGAAAGUGGGUAUGGCAGCGACGAAUUCGGCCACGACUCACCGAGCCGGUACGCGUCACCAAAAGGAGCUGGUGGGGGCGCGUAUCAAGAACCAUACUACGCGGGCGGCGAAUGGGCGGGCGGGUACUACCAGCCCCCGCCGCCCUACCAACAUGACACAUACGGGGCGUCACCUGGUCUGCCAGGCGCGCCGAGCGAGCCCGCGGGGGCGGAGCUCCCCCUGCCGCCGAUGUCGUCGUUCCGCGCCGCCGCGCCCCACCACUCGCCCACCGACAUGCUCGUCUCCAAGCCCCUGCAGCCCAUGUACGCGUCAGCCAGCACACCGACGGUAGCGGGGGAGGCGGGCAGCCUCUCCUCGUACGGCUCCUCGCCGUCCACCCCCGUGCACUCCCCCCCGCCGCUGCCGGCGCGGCUGUACCCCCCUCUCAAGCACAGCCCCCACAUGCACCACCACACACAGGGCCCCAACUGGGUGGCCAGCGGAGUCUCGUCCCCCGGCAGCGCUGGCACUCCGCACCCGCACGGCGUCGUGCUCCCCAACGGUCACCAGCACGUCGCCGUCUUCCCGCCCAAUGUUAUGGGCGCGCCGGCGGAGCAGCGGCAGCUCGACGAGGCCAUGGUGUUCCUCCGCGAGCAUUCAGACGUUGGUGGCGCCAGAAUGGAAGAGAGGUUAGACGACGCCAUCAACGUGCUGCGUAACCACGCGGAAGCCCCCGAUCUGUACCCACAGGAUGUUCACCACCAGCCACCAGUGUCGCGGCUGGGCCCCGGCCCGGGCAUCCCCCAGCUGCACAGCGAGCCGCCCGUCAAGAUGGAGCGGCACGUGCUGCCCAACACCAAGAAGCGUAAAGAGCCCCCGGACUCCGGGCUGGACUCCAAACCCUCCUCGUCGGGCUCCGCCGACCUCGCCAAGCCCGGCUCCAAGCGCUCCCGGAGAUACGUCCCCGCCGCGCCCGCCUCAGACUUCGGCCGGUGUCGCCCGGGCCCGGGCCCCGGCCCCGAUGCAAUCUGCUCGUCGGCCGACGAGGAUGACGUGGACCCGGACACGAAGGCGGCGCGCGAGAGAGAGCGCCGGCAAGCCAACAACGUGCGGGAGAGCUGUUCGUCGGCGGACGAGGGGGACGACGAGGGCGACCCUCAGGCCAAGGCCAUGCGCGAGAAAGAGAGGCGGCAAGCCAACAAUGCGAGGGAACGGAUAAGAAUACGGGACAUAAACGAAGCGUUGAAGGAGCUCGGGCGUAUGUGCAUGACGCAUCUGAAGAGUGACAAGCCACAGACUAAGCUGGGGAUCUUAAACAUGGCGGUGGAAGUUAUUAUGACGCUGGAGCAGCAAGUCAGAGAGCGUAACCUGAACCCCAAAGCAGCCUGUCUGAAGCGACGCGAGGAAGAGAAGGCAGAGGAGGCGCCAAAACUGCUGGCCGCCCCCCUACACCACUACCAACCCAUGCCGGGCAUGGGCCAGCUCCCCGGCCAGCCCCCCUCCGGCCCCCCGCCGCAAUAGCGACGCCCCCCCGCGCCCCCGUGUCGCGCGCCCGACCUACACACACUGUCACACCUAUAACUGCCCACUUUAGACCUUACUGUCUUAACAUUAAGGUUCACUGAUGGUCAGCAAGUGCUACCGCAUAGCCGAGGCUUGAACUCCAGGGGGUACCGCGAACCACUUUCGACGUGUUGUCUCCCUGUCACACUUAUGUACGAAUUUACAAGUGCGACAGAGAGGCAACACGUCGAAUGUAGUUCGCGGUAGCCCCGCAGGCGAGGCAUUGUCGCCCGUCUUGUUUGGUGCGGCUUUGGAAUGCACUUUAAAAAGCGUAUAACUAAAGUAUUAAGACUUAGUCCUUGCUAAGUCAGGCGUAAAAAUGUUCAGUGCCGAAAACGCACAUGUGCGUUCGCAUUUAAAAGUGUACUGUGGAUAAGAAAUUCUUGCCCCCGAAGCGCAGUUUUCAUUACACUACCUGAAUAUCAAAUAGAAUUAAACAUAAAAGAAAGAAAUCGCGAAGAAGAUUAUACUGGAUGUCAUUUUAUUUGUUAGACACCGGGCACCCUAAAAUGCCAUCUAGUGUAUUGUUUCUUAUAUAAAUUUUUACUGAUUAUAUUAGAAGUGCAUUUCGAAGUUUUUCAAAUAGGACGAGUUACAAAUAAUAUAUUGUUUUGAAGUUUGAGGUAGCCAACGAAGCUAUUUAAAUGUAGUUAGUGACAACGAUAACCUAUAGCCAUAUAUCAUUGUCACGGUAAACUUAAUUUAAAUAGAUUAUUGAACACUAAUGUGUUUUGCUAAGGGACUGUGUUAGUAUCUCGUGCUAUGAUUAUGAUUUAAGCCUUGAAGGCAUAGGGGUGGACCCUAAAUAUUGGCCGGAUCAGAGCAUCAUUCGAGUGCUAAAUGCUAAUGUAUAGGCUUGCCCUCGCUCGACGACUAUGUGUGUAUUUAUAAUUUAUUUACGUUCAAAUCAUAGAUUGGAAGGGUCCGCGGUCAAUUAUAUGUAAAUAUGACUUUAGGUUUUUUUCAGUUGAAAUAUUUGUUUGAAAUUGGGUGUUUAAUGCCAUGGACGCAUACGUGUCGUUAAGUCUUUGCUAGAGUAUUACUAUAUCGGGUAUAGAAAUGUGUUGAAAUAUUAAAGACCAAGUCGGUUUUGCGUAAAAAUGUUUCUGCAAGAAACUUUUGUGGUAAAUCAGAAUUUGAUGUUUUGAUUGAUAAAAACCUUUACAAGAAGCGGGCUUAACGUGUUUACAUAUUUUUGAUGGCUGACCGUUACGAAAUAUUUGUGAAUGAAUAUUAUUGACUAUUGACAUGUUUAAAUUUUGAAUAUUUAGAAAAUUCCGAAUAAAUAUGAUCAAAUACGUUAAUUAGACUUUGAAAUAUGUUUUAUUUAUUUUGUGUUUUUGUUGUAUUUUUUUGUAAAUUAUAAAGUGUUGUUAUUAAAUCAUAUGGCACUUUAGCAAAUUGUAUUUAAGUAUAUUUAAAAUCUAGAAAUUAUAAAGAUACACACAUAGUUGCCUUAAUAUUUUUUGAUAAAAACGGUUUUUAUUUUUUUACCCAGUGACGAGUUACUAAAGUCAUUUUAAAAGUUCUGUACUUAAAUAUUGGGUUAAAUUGGACUGUUGUCAAAAAAGUAAUCGUCUUUAUUUUGUAUACCUGUAUUACCUGUACAAUUUUUAUGUUUGUUUUUGUACUUUUUGUGUAUGGCUAGUUCAAAACUUAUUACAGAUGAAUUUGUAUUUAUUAUAUCGGAGAAAAAUAGAAAGCAUGUUUUUAUUUGUAUUUUUUUUCUACAAGUUCAUCUGUAUUAGGUUUUUAUGUUUGUUUUGUCAGUGACUUGGUACUCUCAUAUAUAAUUGGUACAAUAAGAAGGCCAAAUGAUGCAUAUGUCCCAAAGAAAGUAGCGGCAUUUACCUCGGACUAUACUAAGUGUAAAAAGGAUAGUUUUCUAAAACACACAUCCCCAGAAACGAGAUUAAAAAUGUCUUCACCCCAAAGACAGCAGAAUUGUACAUUACUAGCCUAGCGUAUGUAUAGGUAUAUAUAGCGUAAUUGAUAGGAUAUACGGAAAAAAGAUAUUUUUAAUUACGAUUUUAAAGUUCUUUUUUGCUGCCAUAAGCGUAGUAUAAGCGGAGUCCCGAGUACAUUUUUCAGACGACGCCUAUAAUACUCAUUUUUGUUUUUGUAAAUGCGUGUUCUAGGCCCUCCCCCCUUUAGUUAUUCGCCACUGCUCUCACCAAAAAUCGCUUGACAAUAAAACACUCGAAAAUGUACUCGGGAUUCUCGACGUGAUUUUUAUUAUUGUAAGUCACGUUUGAUGAUUUCUGAGCAUGCUGGAUCGAGCAUGUUGCAUAGGCCGCUAACUUAAGAUCGUACUUAGUUGAGGACUCCAGUGAUUUAUGGAGCUCUACGGAUUUCGUAGUUAUUUUUUUUUAGUUUUUAUUCGGUAGCUAUCGGAGACGAGGCAACUAAACGAAAUUGUUGUAAGUUACCCUUUUAUUGUAAUAAAAAGAGUUAUAUAUCAUACUAUUGCAUUUACCAUUAACUAAAAGAUACGUUAGAAUUUAUUGUGGACAUUAAGCGUUCUAUUUCAAAAAUAAACUAAUAGAACAUGAUACAUAUAAAUAUUACCACAAUUAAUUCUAGCUUAAACUGUUAUUGUAAAAAUAUAAUUGAAUGUAAUAAUCAAAUUAUAUGACGAAUUAUUAUUUUGUUAUUUGAUCUCACGUGAAUUCAAUGUAUUAAUUAAAAAAAAAAUCUCAUUGCCAGUGACGACACGUUGUCGUGAAUUACUUAUACAGUGGAAAAUAUUACGAAUUUAAAUUUAUUAUAGUAUUAUAUUUGUUUGUGUAAGGUAUAUAACUCUUAUUUAUUAGUGUCCCAAAGUAUUUCGGUAUCCCCGGUGAAUGCAUAAUGUAAAUACAUCGCUCAAUAUCGGCCAUACUUUAUUUACAUUCGCUAUUGGCUGGUCUUCAUUUAAGCAUAAUAAAUUAUUAUUAAUUAUUUUCUACCGUAUCAUGACGAUCUUUAUAAGUUCACCUCUUCGUAAUACCCAACGAGUAUUGUGUGACAAUUAUAAUUUGUACUGGUAUAGUAAUUAUAUUAUGUGUAAAGUAUAUAAUUAAUAGUUGUUCCACACGUUAGAUGUUACGAAGAGGUAUAUUUCGUUCUAAAAUGUAUUAUAUAGAUGUAAGGUCUUUUGACUGCGUUAUAUGAAGACAUCCCGCGAUUUUCGCUUGCGUCGAGUUCAAAUAACUUAGUUUUAGCUUAGUUCACCCUUUUAGUUUAGUUUAGUUGACUUUAUCUUCCAAUUAGAUUAUGUUUAAGUUUCUUUUUGACUUGUUUGUGGCUCAGAAGGCACUACACAUCGUCCUGGAGACGCUCGUUUCCGACUCAUGAAGCAUUUGAUCUGUUCCAAUCAAAUGCAUAGUUUAAAAUAUAACAAAAGGUCUAAUUAUAAAAAUGAAUAAUUAUAAUUAAAUAUAAAUGUGCCAUUCAUUUUGCUAA